AUGGCGAUGGCCCCCGCCGGGCCGGCGUGGAUUCCCCGCUGGAUCUGGGCCCACCGCUCCCUGGAGAAAGCCCUCCAGGGGCUGACCAAGCUGCAGCACCUGGUGAGCCAGCCGCAGCUGGGGCUCCGCCACAGCCCGCCUCACCUGCCGCGCCUCCUGCCCCUGACCCACCAGCACCUGCGCCUCGUCCGGGAGCAGCACGGCGCCGGGGCCGGGCUGGCCCACCUCUGGGAGGGCGAGGGCUUUCGCGUCUUGCUGCUCAACCUGCUGGAAAAGAUCAAGCAAGCCACCCGGCUGUUCAAAAGCGCCAAGGACAAGGAGGAGGUUUUUCAGGAGGGCUCCGCUGCCAGGAGGAAGCUAACAAAGCUUUCCCUGAUCUUCAACCACAUGUUGGCUGAACUACAAGCAUUGUUUCCCAAUGGUCAAGACCAAGGCAGCACGUACCAGCUGAGCAAGCAAGAGGCACAGGUCUUCUGGAGGGAGACUUGGAAAGAACGGAGCCUGGUUUCCUGGUCCGAAUUUCAAAAAGGCCUCCAGCAGGUUCAUCCUAUAGAUUCUGGUCCAAUGGCCAUAGCCCUGAGGUCCACCAUUGAUCUGACCUGCAGCGGCCAUAUCUCCAUAUUUGAAUUUGACGUCUUCACUCGUCUCUUCCAGCCUUGGCCGACUCUGCUGAAGAACUGGACUUACCUAGCAGUUACGCAUCCAGGAUACAUGGCCUUCCUCACCUAUGACGAGGUGAAGGCACGCCUGCAGGCGUAUGUCAACAGACCUGGCAGCUAUAUUUUCCGGCUCAGUUGCACCCAGCUGGGCCAGUGGGCGAUCGGCUACGUGACGGCAGAUGGAAGCAUCUUGCAAACCAUCCCACAGAAAAAAUCGCUCUUCCAGGCCCUGAUGGAUGGAUACAAGGAAGGCUUCUACUUGUAUCCGGAUGGGAAGAACGUGAAUCCCGAUCUGGCAGAGUUGAUGGAAGGCUCUGCUCAAAACCAGAUUCAGGUCUCUCAGGAACAGUUUGAACUCUACUGCCAGGUGGGGUCCACCUUCCAGCUUUGCAAAAUCUGCGCCGAGAACAACAAGGACGUCCAAAUCCGGCCGUGUGGGCAUCUCCUCUGCCGGGAGUGCCUUAAGACUUGGCAGCUUUCAGAAACACACACCUGCCCCUUUUGCCGGCAGGAGAUCUGGGGCCACGAAGAUGUCGAGGUCAACCCUUUCAGCCCCAAGAAGGGGAGCCCUACGGCCAAGGACGGCAGUGAUGAAGAGGACUUGGAGGAUGUGGAGAUGGUGUUGCAACAGCUGGCCCUCAUGCGCCAGACUCAAGGGACAGCGGGUCCCAAUUCAUCUCCAAAUCUAGAGCCUGUGUUGCAACCCCCUCCAGUACCUCCAAGGUUAGAUCUCCUGCAGCAGAGCUCCAUGACUCUUCCUGUUCCUGACUAUCAAACCGGCUCGCCUUCUACCCACUGGAUCAGACGUCGCCCCUUGCCAAGCCUUCCUCAAGAACACCCCCCUUCAUUAAACUCAUGGAACACGUCUGCAGCCUCUCCAUUCGAAGAGGGCAACGGGAAUCACAGCAGCUGAGUUGCUUGCAGGCAGCCCAGGACCAGGGUGGCAUCUGAUCUGCGCUGGUUGGUUUGUGGAAUCCAGACAGCAGGGCGGGCUUCUGAUUCUAUGAGAUCCAACCAACCGUGCCUCCCCUGCCAUUCCACAUUGCCAAGUGAAGGAAAGGUUGGCUC